AUGGAGCCGGCGCUGACUUGCAAGCGGAGCCCCAGCCUGCGCCUGGCCGACCUGGCCGCUCUGUACGCCGCCGGAGGAGGAAUAGGAGGAGGCGGGCCCGGGGGCAGCGCCGCUGGCUUCCCCCACCUGUCCCCGGGGGACCUGGGCGCCCCGGACCCGGCGGUCGCCGCCCCCUUCGGGCCCGAGCACGUGGCGGCCGUGGCGGCGCUGAAGCUGGGCGCGGAGAGCCCCUUCGCCGCCGCCUCCUCCUCCUCCUCCUGCGGGGGGGCGGCGUCGGGGGGGCUGCGGCGGGAGCGGGCCGAGCCUCCUCCUCCCCCCCAGGCCAGCUCGCCCAUGUUCAUCUCCUCGGCCGGCACCUACGGGGCUGGGGGGGAGGCCGCCUUCCCGGCCUUGCACGAGCCUCCCCCGACGCCCCUCAACGGGCAGAUGCGCCUGGGGCUGGCGGUGGCGGCGGCAGCGGCAGCAGCGGCCGAGUUCUACGGGCGCGUCGAGCCCUUCCGCGCCUCCUCCGCCUCCGAGGCGCCCUUCGGCCCCGCGCCGCCGGCCUACCUGGCAGCGGCGGCGGUCCUGCAACAGCAGCAGCCGGCUGCGGCGCCCCCUCCUCCGACGGCGUCCCAGGCGCCCCCCCACCCGGCGGCAGCGGCCUUCCUGCGCUACAUGCGGCAGCCCAUCAAGCAGGAGCUGAUCUGCAAGUGGCUGGAGGCGGGGGGCGCGGGGGGGCCCGCCGGUGGCUGCUGCUCCAAGACCUACGGGACGAUGCACGAGCUGGUGAGCCACGUCACGGUGGAGCACGUCGGGGGGCCGGAGCAGAGCAGCCACGUGUGCUUCUGGGAGGAGUGCCCCCGCCAGGGGAAGCCCUUCAAAGCCAAGUACAAGCUCAUCAACCACAUCCGCGUCCACACCGGCGAGAAGCCCUUCCCCUGCCCCUUCCCCGGCUGCGGCAAGGUCUUCGCCCGCUCCGAGAACCUCAAGAUCCACAAGCGGACUCAUACAGGAGAGAAGCCUUUUAAAUGCGAGUUUGACGGCUGCGACAGGAAAUUUGCAAACAGCAGCGACCGGAAAAAACACUCUCAUGUCCACACCAGUGACAAGCCAUAUUUCUGCAAAGUCAGAGGUUGCGACAAAUCCUACACCCACCCCAGCUCCUUGCGCAAACACAUGAAGAUCCACUGCAAAUCCCCCCCACCUUCCCCACCCCUGGGGCCUCACGGCCUGCAGCCUGCAGGGGGCCCCCUGUCCCCUCUCCAGGACUCCGGCAGGGGGCGCCCUGCCAACCUCUCUCCUCAGGUGACCAACCUCAACGAAUGGUACGUCUGCCAAGCCAGUGGGGCACACAACCACCUCCACACGCCUUCUAGCAACGCCACAUCUUCAGAGGAGGAAGAAGACGAGGAGGAGGAAGAGACUUAUAGGAACUCUGAGGCCAGAACUAUUCAUUAAUAGAGAGAGACAGAGAGAGAGAGAGGUGGCAUGCCUAUGCCAUCUUGGUGAACUCGGCUAUUUAUUCCGUAUAUGAAACCCUAUGGUGUUUGUAUGUGUAAUUAAUUUAAUUAAGACAUUGGACUUUUCUUUUUAAGCAAAAGGAAGAAUCUUUU